UCUUUGAAAAUAAAGGUAAGCCAUACCCGAUGAAAAUGUGAUCCAUUAAGCUUUGUUACAUUUGAGAUAAAGAGGCACCUGCUGGGAUUUCUACUGCAUGUACAAGAUAUGAGAAAGAAUAUGGAAAACUCUAGAAGGGGAAAGUAGAAUCAAAUAAUUGUUGAAUGCGUAUAUUUUGUAAACGAUACUUCUCCCCUUGGCAGGAUCACACGGUGAAAUCAUAAAUUGAUAUGGGUUUUAGCUGACACUAUUAUUUAGUAUUUCUCAAUCCAAUUACAGCGCCCUGUGGUAAUCAAAAUAACAUCAUGUUCCACAGAGUUAUGUGAAAAGACACAUUAAACCCUGAUAUCUGUUGUCUAUGCCUGUAUGUGUAAUGUUUUUCUCCUGUGCUCUACAUUGUGUUCUCUGACAAGGUUUUAUUCUUCAGUCUUCAUCAAGAGUCCUGACCAAUGGCCAUCAUUUAGCCUGAUUUAGUUGGAUGAGCAGCCUCUUUUCUCCACAUUCAAUGAGGCAAUAGCUAAUUAUUGGCCUGAGAAGUGAACCAAGUCAUUGACGUCGCUAAACGCUGACGGACCAAACAUUUCAGUCAAUAACGAGGAGGAUUCAACGGAGAAAGAAUGUCCAACAACAACAAGUCGAAGUUAACUUAUGUCAUAACUGGAGGAUGCGGUUUUCUGGGGCAGCACCUGUUGAGGGUUUUGCUGGAGAAGGAAAAAAAUGUCAAGGAGAUCAGGCUUUUCGACAAAAACGUUUUCCCAAGUCUUCAGAGUGAGAGUACAGAGGAUGUGAAAGUGGUCAUCAUACAGGGAGAUAUAACAAAAUAUGAGGAUGUACGCAAUGCAUUCCUGGGAGCAGACCUGGUUUUCCAUGCCGCAAGUUUGGUUGAUGUGUGGUAUAAAAUUCCAGAGAAGGUCAUCUUUGCUGUCAAUGUACAAGGGACGGAGAAUGCUAUAAAAGCCUGUGUAGAAAUCGGUAUUCAGUAUUUGGUCUACACAAGCUCCAUGGAGGUGGUUGGUCCAAAUGUAAAGGGAGAUGAAUUUGUCAGAGGGAAUGAGGAUACUCCAUAUAAUAUAUUCCAUGAGAUGCCCUACCCUAAAUCCAAAGCUGCAGCUGAGAAAAUUGUGCUGGAAGCCAAUGGCACAAAGGUCGAGGGAGGGAACAUUCUCUACACAUGCUGUCUGCGGCCAACAGGAAUCUAUGGGGAACAGCAUCAGCUGAUGAAGGACUUCUAUCUGAACAGUGUCCGUAAUGGCGGUUGGGUGAUGAGAGGAGUUCCUCCUCAUACGGAGCAUGGACGCGUCUAUGCAGGUAAUGUGGCGUGGAUGCAUUUACUAGCAGCACGUGCUCUGCAGGAACAUCCCAAUCGGCUGGGUGGCGAAUGUUAUUUCUGCUAUGAUGACUCGCCAUACAAGCCCUACGAUGAAUUCAACAUGCAGUUUCUGUCAGCCUUCAACUUUCGCUCGCUUCGCCUGCCAGUGUGGAUGCUGUGGAUCAUAGCAUGGAUGAACGACAUGGUCCGCUGGGUCCUGAAGCCCAUCUACAACUACACACCACUGCUCAACAAAUACACACUGGCUGUGGCCUGCACAUCCUUCACCGUCAGCACAGACAAGGCUUUUCGGCACUUUCAGUACCAGCCGCUCUACAGCUGGCAGCAGUGCCUGUCUCGUACGCAGAGCUGGGUCAACACUUUCCCAUUUGAAACCAGCACUAAAGACAAAUAGCAGGCUUGAUGAGCAUCUGUGCAUAUAUAUUAAAGAGUAGAUUGCUUGAAUGUCUUAGGGCAGUAUUCAUUUUGUGAUCUUUAAAUUAAGCACACGAACAAGAAGCAUCUUAAUCAGUUUACGAUUGGUUUCGAUGAAUCCAGAAAUCAUUUCAGAUGUGUUCUUACCCUCUGGAGGCAUGAUCUGUACAUACAAGCACUUGUUGCACAUCUAAGACUAUUUUAAUAGCGACCUAGCAAUAAAUACAAGCAGUUAGCUAAAGUCUAUAAGCUGAAUGUACUUUAUCAGUUAUAAAGUGUUAUAAUCCACCACGUUUACUACAUUAUACUUGUCUUUUAUUUUUAUUCUUAUUCUUAUUAUUAUUAUUAUUACACAAUGUUCCAAGUUUAUCAUUUACAAACGAUUGUUUUGAUGACCACAAGCUUUUAACUUGUUAAUUGUCUUAAAUAUUUAAUUGUUCAUGAUGUGGAUCAUUUGUGUUUAACAAAUGCAAAACAAAUUAAACUAUUAUAUAUAAGCA